CCUGGACAGCUCUAUCAGUGCAGCCACAACAGACUCAAUCGACAGACAAUACGCCGUAUAGUACGAAACAUGUUCGCGUUGCCCGCAAUAAUCACACUUACUGCCCUCAACUCAACAUGCAACAUGCCGCAGCAGCAACAGCAGCCAAGACAACAACUCCAACUGCAACAGCAGCAACAAAAUAUAAAAAAACAGCAAAAAAAAGUUAAGCGUCAACCGAAAACAAAAGAAGUUUCGCCAAAACAAUGAAAAUUGCAUACACAUUCCACCAAGAUCAAUUCAAUUUCAAUUAUAAUUAUAUUAUUAAAGGAAUUAUAAUUAUACCACAAUGCGUUUCAAUAUAAAAAAAAAGCGCUCGGAGAAAGAAAUGAACAGGAAGGAAUUUCACCUUUCACCUAGCUAUGCUAAUGGAUAAAUUUAAUAACAUGCAAUAUUGGAUUUUUAAAGAGAAUAAAAGCUA